AUGGGAGCUAAUUGGUCAGGGAUGAGACAUGAAGGUUCUUGGCAUGACCUGGUUGGGGAAACAUGUCAGUUUCCUGACACUGAUAGGCGAUUUUCCAAGACCUGGUUUUCCAAUCCAACACCCGCAAUCCAACACCCGGUUUCCCAACCAAUCCAACACCCGGUUAUCCUCAGUUUCCGGGGCAAGGUUUUCAAAACAAUCCCACGCCUCUCCCUCAAUAUCCGAAUCCCGGUUUUCCAAGCAAUCCAACACCCAGUUUUCCUCAAUUUCCCUUUCCUAACCCUCAAUUUCCUAAUCCCGGUUUUCCAAGCAAUCCAACACCCGGUUUACCUCAAUUUCCCUCUCCUGUCCCUCAAUUUCAAAAACCCGUUUACCCUUAGUUCCCUCCUGCAACGCCUGGAUCACCCUCCUACAACCUCCAGCCCGUUCCACUGA